AAGCAAGCGCAGCUGGAAGCCAACUUCGGCCGCAAGGUCUACUUGGGCACCGGGAAAAUUGAGAUCUCCCGGGGCGGGUUUACGACGCUGACAAUGAAUGCAGCCAGCUCCCCGUGGUUUCAGGUGGCUGUGGGCACCAAAGGGUCGCUCACGCGGCAAUGGCUCCGUCUUCAGACCUCGGGCGAUCUCUUAUACAUCACGCCGCAGGAUGCGCUGGCUCCUUCGGGAGGCUGUGUGCGGAUAAAGCUUCUUGACCAGGCCAUUGUGGAUGCAGAUGGGUAUCCCUAUGAACAAGAUCCUUUCGUGCCGUACUCUUUCGAAUCCUGUGUGGAAGACUACCAGCCGCCGGAGUUGCGUAGUUCGGAUCCCCCAAACAAUGCGGCGGGGGUUGAGCUGAUGCCGACUCUACGCCUAAACUUCGACGAGGAGGUCCGACUCGUUGAUCCCACCACGGCAGCAGCGACGCUGUCGGCGAAGACGGUCCCCGCCGCCGGGGGCAGCAUCCCGCCGACGCAGAUCAUCGACCUCAAUCCGGCGAUGCUGCGAGUAUGGGACCCAAACACGGGUGCAACG